AUGGCAAAAAAUCCUUCCGCGCAAUCUGCACUAGCUCGCAAACAGGUUGAGAAGCGGCUGGCCAAGAAAGACCUACGUGCCCACUUCCGUCGAGCUAUUGUACAAGACCAGCACGGUGCGCCAAGCACAGCCAAAGUCAUUCGGAUCCAUCCAAAUCGUCGUGACCUCAAAGAACGCGAGAUCUAUUUUGGGCACGUCAUUCUUGUUGAUGCCUUGACUGGCGAAUUCAUUGCCUCCAUCUACACCCUUCAUCCUGACGAUGAGAAGAACAAAAACCUUAAAGACAAAUUCGACUGGGCAGUUCAACUUCUGUAUCACCAUGGCCUUGCACGUCGAAAGUGUUCAACAAACAAAGCUGCAAAAGCCUUAGGAGCGGCGAUGAGUGGUGAAAUGUAUCCCGUAGGGUCUCGUGGUGCUAGUGACGCUGGCAAAUCUGGUGGCGCGUAUGUAUUGAACAUACGCACUCGUAGUCAUCCCCAACUCAUUAAGCAAGACAUUGACAGAAUGAAAAUCAUGCCUGAUGUAGACAAGUUUAUCUCAGAUUUAUUCUCAUACCUUGUACUAUCUCAAUUUAAAGCCAAUCUCCAACUCGCACAACAGUACGGUGUUUCUUGGGCAUCCGCAAAAUUCUUUAAUAGUGUCUCCCAAUCCAGUUGCGGUUCCAAUCUUGUGAUCACUAGAGACGAAUUUGCCAAUGCCUCACAUCCCGAUCUAGACGAAUCCGGCUGUGCCAUUGGGCUUUUUUGUCUUAUGGAACGCGACUCAGGUAAAGUAAUUUAUCCCCAGGAAACUAAAAACCCCGCUCCGUAUCACAUCGAAGGAGCAUACUUUCAUCUCGACAACUACAACACCAAGAUUCGCUUAAGUCAUCAUCCAAAAAUCAUUGUGUGGAACACAAAAACCUACCACCACAGCUCACACUCUCAAACCCUUGACUCUUCUGGCAAACGAGUAUCUCCCCAACAGGCCAAUCUGACCAAUUUCGGAUCCUCAAUCCAGGUCUCAAAAACUAUAGUUGAUAGAAUCCGGGGUAUGCGCAAGGAAAAAGACAACAUGAGUGAUGAGGUUUGGGAGGAUUUCAAACAGAGGCGAGUAAACAAUUAUUCAGAUGAGAUUGAAAAAAGAUUGAAAUUACUGAAGAAACAGCAAAAGCUUGACCCUUUGAUUGAGGAGCAGAUGAUGGCUAGUCUCUCAAGCCUUGGGCGCUUAUAA